CCAAAAUUUUUGAGACACAGGCUCACCAUUGUUUUCUUGAGGCUUGAGCUUGUAGUAAAACGAAAAAGCAAUGGCUACAGGGAAGUUGGUUGCUUCAAUGUUGAUAAUGGUUGCAUUAAUGUUUGAGGGGUCAAGGGCAAUGACCUUGUGUGACAUAGACGAUAAAGGUCUGGCGGACUGCAAGCCAUCUGUGACCCAGCCGAACCCAGUCGACCCUUCACCUGACUGUUGCGAGGCGCUUAAAGGGGCCGACCUGGCAUGCUUGUGUUCUUAUAAGAAUUCAAUGUGGCUGCCGUCUUUUGGGAUUGAUCCGAUGCUUGCCUUGAGUCUACCUCCCAAGUGCAAUCUCCAAAUGCCUCCUAAUUGCUAAGAUAGCCGUCUCUCUCCUUUUCUUUACAAAGCAAUCACUAGCAAAGUGGUUUCCGGAGGAGAAAGAAGAUGCUUUCAUGUUUGUCAGCCUUUCAAAAGGUUUUCUGUGUUGGUGUGGAAGAUGUUUGCAAAUCUUGUAUCUGUGUGUAUUAUGUGUUUACUUGAAGUUUGUAAGGACAAGUGGGCUUCUGCUCUUUUGAAUUCUAACUCAGGAUCUUGAAGUUUACUAGAUUUGAA